GUUGUAUAUCAGAUCGGACCAACGCCGAGCGUGCCUGAGUCAAGCCAAACCACGUGCGGGACCGCCUUUCUCCGAUAUCUUUGGGUUGGUUCGACCGCCACCCCGAUGAACUCUCCAAUUCUUUGACAAUCUCUCUAAAACUUAUAGACCAUUUAUUGAACACAUUCUUUGCCCGGUUGCAGAGCACAGGGUGACCGAGACAAGCCAUGACUGCCACAGAAGUAACGCAGACCAACCCCGCGGUACCCCGCUAUCUGAGCGGUGACGGAGCUGGAAUCCGUGAGUUCUUGGACAAGUUCGAUGUAUUCCUAUUCGAUUGCGAUGGUGUCCUCUGGUCCGGCGAUCACCUCUUCCCCGGAACAAAUGAGACGUUGGAAUUGUUGAGAAGUCGAGGCAAGCAAGUUGUCUUCGUCACGAACAACAGCACCAAGUCCCGAGCAGACUACAAGAAGAAACUCGAGUCCCUAGGCAUCCCCGCCUCGACGGAAGAAAUCUUCUCCUCCUCCUACAGCGCCUCGAUCUACAUCUCCCGCAUCCUGAAUCUCCCCCCAACCAAGCCCAAGGUCUUCGUCCUCGGCGAAACCGGCAUCGAGCAGGAACUCCGCUCCGAGAACGUCCCCUUCAUCGGGGGCACAGACCCCGCGUAUCGACGAGAUAUCACGCCCGAGGAUUACAAGCGGAUUGCAGCGGGUGAUUCCUCGCUGAUCGACCCGGAGGUCGGGGUCGUGCUGGUCGGGCUGGAUUUCCACAUCAACUACUUCAAGUUGGCCCUGGCGUUCCACUAUGUUCGGCGCGGCGCGGUGUUCCUCGCGACGAAUAUUGAUUCGACGUUGCCGAAUUCCGGGACGCUGUUCCCUGGCGCUGGGUCGAUGAGUGCGCCCUUGAUUAUGAUGCUCGGUAAGGAGCCGGUGUCCCUGGGGAAGCCGAAUCAGGCGAUGAUGGAUGCUAUUGAGGGGAAAUUCAAGUUCGAUCGCAGCCGCGCGUGUAUGGUUGGGGAUCGCGCGAAUACUGAUAUUCGGUUUGGUUUGGAGGGUAAGUUGGGUGGCACGCUGGGUGUGCUUACGGGUGUGAGCUCGAAGGAGGACUUCGAGAGUGGUGAGGUCAGACCGGCGGCUUACUUGGAUAAGUUGUCGGAUCUGCUGGAUUCGCAGUAAAUAGAUAGACGUGGGAUAGAGGAACAUUCGAAUCUACGGGCUAUGACUAACGAUAUUGGAGA